UCCCUGUCUCUGGGGCAGGGUCUAGGGGCCUGCUCAGCACCAACCUAUUGUACCCCUGGGCAUUUCUGAUGGCUUCUCACUUUUGUGUCGGUCUGGGUGCUAGAGGUGGGGCCACUGGCUGGCUUCGGAGGCCCGCCCCCAGCUUCCAUCCAAUCACCGCCCCUUCCUCCGGGGGCUGGGCCUAGAGGCUGCGCUGCAAGUAGCUAGCUCCCGCACUAGGCUCCCAGCCAGGGAAGAUGCGCCGCUACUACCGCUGCUGCUGCCGCUACCUGCGGCCGCCCGGUACCCUAAGACUACUGCUGUUGCUGCCACUUGUCCUUAUACCUCCCCUGGCAGCAGCUACAGCAAGCCCAAAUCUCUGCGACACCAUAUACCAGGGCUUCGCUGGGUGUCUCAUCCGCUUGGGGGACGGCAUGGGCAGCGGAGGCGAGCUGGAAACCAUCUGCAGGUCUUGGAAUGACUUCCAUGCCUGCGCCUGGCGGGUCCUGUCCGGCUGCCCGGAGGAGGCGGCAGCUGUGUGGGAGUCACUACAGCGAGAAGCUCGUCGGGCCCCGCACCCGCAUAACUUGCACGCUCUGUGCGGCGCCCCCGUGCGAGUCAGAGAGCGUGGCGCAGGCCCGGAGACAAACCAGGAGACCCUGCGGGGGACAGCGUCUGCACCAGCCCCUGCCCCCGCGCCCCUGUUGCUGGCUGCUGCUCUGGCGCUGGCCUGCCUCCUGAGGUCUCUGGCCUAGCCAGUCAGGUGCCUCCAGCCCUCCACCGGCGGCAUUGUCUGGGCUCUGCAGA